AUGCCAAACCAGAACACUCGCUGCCCCAACAGACAUGGGAUAUCGCCGAAAACCUUGAUGAAUACGCGCAAUCUCUUUAUCAAGAGGACUUCCUUUGCUAUCGGAAAGACGAUCCUACCCAGAAGGCUGCAUUUCUACGAAUCCAUCAUCAAAUCCCUAUUAUUGGCACGGAAUACUCAAACUCUACAAAGAGCACGCCAGGCUGACUCUAGUCACUCGCCAAGGGAGCUCAUGGUAUUCAUCAAAUUGAAAGAGAAAAAUUGCCAGGUAACCCCUGCCCUUCUUGGGUAUGAGCGCAUAAAACAAGAGCCUGGAGAUAUUAUCCCUGGAGGUUACUCGAUAUGUAUCGUUUGGGAUAAAAUUCCUGGGGAAUCACUGACACCGGAGUACUUCUGGAGCCUGAGCCGCGCAGCCCGGGAUACGAUUCGCCAUGAAUUUCGUCGAGUCUAUGAGUCAGUUAUGCCUACCUCUUUGAUUCCCGUCACGGGGUUCCUUCCUUGUGGAAUCAGGCCAAGGAUAGCCACCCUGUCAAACCUCAUCUAUGAUGAAGUUUCCGGGUCAAUUCAUAUCUCAGGUUUCUGCCGUGCUACGUACGUGAACCCGAAUACGGAAUGGACCGACGACUUCUACGUUGCAUAUCGCCUGGCAAAGCCUCCACAACCGAUACCUGGGAGUCGCGAUCGCACUGAGUGGGAGCUUUGA